GUCGAUACUUUGAAAGCGUAGCGUGUUAUGUUUUCAUAUUUGAUAGCUGUGAAAUAGCAUCUUGCACACCCAAACAAACAGCAAAACCCAAGUGAUAGUUAAUGCUUUUAAAAGUGUUUAUUGCAACCUCUGUGCUCGCUAGCCUGUAGCCCCACUCGUGACUGUCCGUGAGACAUCGUCAGCUGUGAAUUCCCGAUGUAGCGUGUCAGAAAUCAAUGUGAAAACUAACGCACGCUAAGGUUGUCACUUCAUUUCCUAUGUGCACAAUAUAGACGAUAUCAAUUUCUGCAUUCAGGCGUUGCUAAGAUACAAGAUCAAAAAGAAUUUUUAAAUGUCAUACUAUAGUGACAUCCGUUUCAUCCGCAACAGGACUCCGGCCAUAUAAAUGAAGAGGUUCAUCCCCCAGAAUCGUAACAGACGGUCUUCUGUCACCGCCUGUAAAUUCUUUGGCAACGCGUGCCAAUUUUGGCGGCGUGGAAAUGAAAUUCGUCGCCAUCCACAAUCCACCGUUCGACAUUUUCAUCCGCGGACCGAAUGGGACUUUUACCGUAAGAGGAGUGGCUCUUAACAUCAUCAACUGGAUGUCCAGAUAUUAUAAUUUUAAGGUCACCCUAGUGGCAGUAAACGAAACUCUGGUUGAAAAAUUCGGCACGAACGAAGCAGCAUAUCACCAGCUCAUCGAGGAAAAGGACAUCGACGGAAUCAUUUGCGCGUUUGGCCUUACUCUCGAUCGUAUGAAGCGAAUGGAUUACACAUCUUCAUUUUCAUGGGUUGAUGGAUUUAGUCUUGUCGUUCCUCGACCGGGAGAAGAAAGCCGAUUAUUUGCAUUCACGGGACCAUUUCAACCAACGGUUUGGCUGUUUAUCCUCAUUAGUCUCAUGUUCAUCGUGGGAGUGAUGGCCGUGUUUACCUGGUUCUACAAGAAUCCCUCUUUCAGUAACUAUAAAGACAUUUCCAUCACAAAUAGGAAAGAGGACAACACAAUGAUGAAUCCGGGGCGAAAUAGAAUUUCCAGUUACGUCAGUUCCUACCUGAUUUACGUAGUCAAUAUCCUCACCAAUCAAGGAUGUCGGGAAGCGUUUGACCGUCACUCCUUCCGUAUCUUGGCUGGAUUUUGGCUUUUGGGGGCUAUGGUUUUGGUUAAUUCUUACUCGGGUAUCGUCAUUUCAUCACUAACUGUACCGAAAAUGAAGCCGCCCAUAGAAUCGCUCGAAGAUUUGGCUUCGAAUAAAGAAAUUGGUAUCGUUCUUCGCCACGACAUGACGAUGGGGAUACAAAUAUUGGGUGCAGUGAGUGGAGUUUACAAGGUGCUCGGAGAUAAAGCUCGUCUUGAUCCUAAACAAGUUGUUGGCGAUGCUUUUAAAUUGAAUAAAAUGUUGGAAACUGGGAAAUACGCUUAUCCGUUUAUUCAAACGUUCAACACUUGGUUUGUGGCGCUGCAAUACAAGAAGGACGGGCGUUGUCGUUUUCACGCAACGAAACCAUUGCCCGUGCCGCACGGAUAUUAUUUUUGGCUCACGAAGAAAGGCAGUUCAAACACGAAAUUGCUGAGCGAUGGAUUAAUUAAAUUGUGGGAAAGUGGAAUUACGCGGUUUUGGACGAAUAGCGCCAUUGGUUUGGCUAAAGCGGCCGAAUGUUUCGACAGUAGGCGGCAAAAAUCAUCAGCCCGACAAGUUCCCAUUCGUCUCUACGAUUUGACGAGUGCCUUUCUAAUUCUGGGCAUCGGACUGGGAUUGGCCAUCCUUUGUUUUUUAAUAGAAUUAAUUAAAUCGAAAUUUCAACAAGGUCGGAGACAACUGAUGCAGUUGAAGGGUCGUGAUUGUAUCGAUUUAAAGUGACGAGUCAAUACGAUGGGAUUAAUAAGCUUAACUGUAGUCAUGUUAAAUUGGAUAAAACACUACCUUGAGUUUUCAUUCAAUUUUAGUAGGACCUGUUCACAGGUAAAACGUGCUGCGUGACAUUGCAUGUAUUCAAUUAUUUUCAAGAUAAAAGCCGUUGCUACGCAAUUUGAAACAUUUCACCACUGGUUGACGCAAUGGCUGUGCCAGUUUAUCAGUUGAAUUUUAGGGGGGAUUUUCGAAAUGGGUUUUGUCAAAAAAAUGUAACACGUCUUUGGAACAAUGGUGUUUUUUUUAUUACCCAACCCCCUAAGCUUGAAAUGAAAUCUCUAAUCUUUUGUAAACAUUUGUUCCACUUCUUUCGGGGCUUUUAUCACGUACAGACGUCAUGGGAAAGGAUUUCAAUAAUGCGCAAUAAAAUAGGUUGUUUAUCAAUUGUA